UCUGUGUCGAGUUAAGGAGUUACCUGUUUGGAACUAAACCCAAGAAGCCUCUAGACAAGCAGUGAUGGCAGGACACGAUUCUGGAUCAAACCCUCAGUUCACAGGGUUUCAAAAAUACUUCAAUUCUUUCACCAUAACAGGCCGAAGGAAUUAUGUAUUAGCCACAUAUGCAAGCAUUGCAAUGAUCUUCAUGUACUUCAAACUAAGGCCUAAGAAACAAACACCAGCUGUAACAGAGAAAUAAAAUUGGUGGUUGAUGUAUUGAUAGUGAACUUCCAAUACUGUAUUGGUGCAGCCAGCAAAAACUGAUGUAUAGUUCAAAUAAAUCAUGAACAAUGAUGAUGUUUGUCUUCUGUACAU